AUGAAUUUCUGGAUGGCAGCUUCUUCUAGCGAAGGGCAUGGAGACGUCUUCUCCUGGUUAAUCGAUUCUUUUGGCUCAGACCUAAGAGAAAGCGAAUACAAUGAGAAGGUUAGUCCUUUCCAUGAGACUCCAACUACCUUGGCACUAUAUUCUUCUCGGGCAUUCGCAAAAUGGCAGGGUACCUUGUCCGCAGCGGAUAUUGACUUCUCUAGUUUUGUCAUACCGGAAGUCUGCCGAGAUCCAAUACGCGAGGCUGGAUGGACGUCGGAGUCAUUAUUGGCCGUCUUCGAAACGCAACAUGAACCUGAUAGCAAGUCUUUGAAUGACAGAUGCUGCGCAGACUGUUGGAUUGAAUUUGACUGGUCAACAAAUUACGAAGUACUCGUACAGCCCCUCUGGCUACAAAUGCUUUCUUCUCUUUAUCUGGGACAGGACCCUCAUUACAGGUAUAGCGUCCCAUCAGCAACUUGUGCUAAUGUUGCUGGUGUGGAAGGGAUAUUGAAAGAUGCUCCAUGGAGCACGGAUAAGCCAUCAUAUCUGCCAGACCUUCCAGGAGUAUAUAUUCCUUCAGAGACCGAUCUAUGUGACUCGUUCACUUCAACCAAUUCCGGCGACAAACAAUCACACAGCUCACAACAUGCCAGAUGUGAAAAAUUAGUGCAAAAGAACUACUCAUGGGAAGAUCUUAUCUGCAUCAAGUGCUGGUUACAUUAUAAAAAGGAAGGAAAGCGGUUUGUAAGAAGCGAUUUGGCCAACAAUGUCACUGGUCGUGAAACAUCUGGCUUUGUCCUUGUCGAUGAUAAUGCCUCAGAAGAAGGAUAG